AUGCAUCAAGGGAAGAAGCCUCGAGGCAUCCGACGGGACCGUCACUGUCAUGCUUGUCGAGCACGCGGCAUCAAAUGCGACCUGAACCGACCUCGAUGUCGCUCCUGCGCACAAGACAGACGGCCGUGUACGUAUCCCAGAAGAGUGGUGUGGAUGGAAGAAAAGAGCUCCCCAAGCUCACUUUCGCCCACACUACCAUCCCCAGAGAUCCCAGGGAGUAACGAGCCACGAUCCCACACCUCCAUCGGCCUCUACAGCUUCGUCGACCUCCUAGCAGACUGCCACCACCGCAUCCGUUCCUCUCAGCGCCGCUUCCCCGCCGAAGCCAUCGAGCUGGUAGCGCGAACCCUCGAAUUCGCACGCUCGCGCAUCAACGGGGCCAAGCACCACGACACCACCACGCCGACCUCAUCCACCCUCGCCUCCAUCCAGCUCAACGUAGCGGUCCUCAUGGGCCUCAGCCAGCUCGUCGAAUCGGCCCACCCGCUCGCCCUCUUCGGCAUCGCCACCUUCGCCAUCUUCGAAGUCUGCAGCGGCUCCUUCGGACGCUGGCACUGCCAUCUCCGCGGUGCGCGGUCUCUACUGGAUCUCCACUGUCGCAACCGGGCUGAGUUUGAAGCCCUCAGUCGCAGAAUCACCGGUCUCACCGAUGUGCUGAGCUACUUGGUAUGGUUUGACGCCACGGGGGCUCUGGUGCGCGGGGGGCAGCUCAUCUUCGACGACUGGCACCGCGAGACGCUGCAGACAAGCUUCUAUGACUCCGUUGGCUGUCCGCCAGCGACGUUUGAGCUGUUCGUGCAUCUAGUCAAAGAAUUUCAGGAUCCGGAUGCCCUGGACGCAGGGGAUCUGACCUGGCGCGCGAUGGACCAGAUGCUCCAGUCGCAGUCGGGCGACUGGACAACCGACCGAGGCCUCGCGGCCGUAGUGUACCGAUAUACCGGGGCCAUUGUGGCUCUCGCCCGCGCGGGUUGUAGUCAAGACGUAUCGACAGCACUACCUUCGCGCGUCCUGUCGUCGAUGGUGGAUAAGGUGUGCGAGAGCGUAGCCGCGAUGAACGUGAGGUCGAAAUUCUACAUCCACAUGGCGACGCCUGUUUAUUUGGCGGGGAUGAACGCGACGACCGAGGCGCAGUGCGCCGUGUUUCGCACGUACUGGCGGAACUGCCAGCUGGGUGACUUUCCACGGUAUCCGGAUGGACAGGCGCAGUGUGAGCGGAGAUGGAGGAAUAAUCGGGUAAUAGUGUAGAUACAGUGGGCUUGUGUCUCAUGUUUGGGCAUUAAACCCGUC